GCCGUUCAUUUUCACACUUCAGCUAAGUACUAGCAGGAAAAUGGAUUCCAUCCUGAAACACGCAUUUCCAAGUUCCACCCCAUCAGAAUUCUGUCGUUUCCAGAUUCUCGACUCAUAUAUAUAUACAUAGACUAAUCCCAUAUACCAGAGACAAGUAGCCUACAAAACCUCAGAAUUUCACUUACUUGAGUCUAAUCCCCUUAUCCGAAAAAAUUCCAAGCUUUUUUCCAUAAUGGCCAGAAUUUCAGAGAAAGAUAUGAAAAAUGUAGAAAGGAGGAUUGGGUCUGUAGCUAAUCACAUUAUUCCUUCCACGAACGAUUCGAAUUCAGCGUCGUCGUCGUCAUCGAUUCAGAUGAAUAGUACUUCAAUGAAUGAUAGUUAUCAUAGAGUUCAUGGAGAAGUUCCUACUCAUGAUGUUGUGUGGAGAACUACUUGUGAUGAUUUAGGAAUUCAAUUUACUGACAUUAUUUAUGAGAAAUCUGUUGGGGAAGGGAUUGCAAAGAUUACGAUAAAUCGACCGGAGAGGAGGAAUGCUUUCCGACCGCAGACGGUGAAGGAGCUAAUCCGUGCAUUUAACGAUGCCAGAGAUGAUUCUACUAUUGGAGUUAUUAUCUUUACCGGGAAGGGUACCCAAGCAUUUUGUAGUGGUGGAGAUCAGGCAUUAAGAGGUAAAGACGGAUAUGCCGAUUACGACGAUUUUGGACGCCUUAAUGUUUUGGAUCUUCAGGUACAAAUACGGCGCCUCCCCAAACCUGUAAUUGCAAUGGUUGCAGGUUACGCGGUUGGAGGAGGACAUGUAUUGCAUAUGGUUUGUGAUUUAACAAUAGCUGCUGACAACGCCGUUUUUGGCCAGACAGGUCCAAAGGUUGGAAGUUUCGACGCAGGUUAUGGAAGUUCCAUCAUGUCUCGUUUGGUCGGGCCGAAAAAAGCACGUGAAAUGUGGUUUUUAGCUCGAUUUUACAAUGCUUCUGAAGCAGAGAAGAUGGGACUAGUGAACGUCGUAGUACCCCUAGCGAAGUUGGAACAAGAAACAAUCAAAUGGUGCCGGGAAAUAAUGAGAAACAGCCCGACAGCAAUUCGUGUGACCAAAUCUGCUCUCAAUGCAGUGGAUGAUGGUCAUGCCGGUCUUCAGGAGCUAGCUGGAGAUGCCACAUUACUCUUUUACGGUACUGAGGAAGGGAAUGAGGGAAAGACAGCUUAUAUGCAGCAGCGACCCCCAAAUUUCGCCAAGUUCCCUCGCCGACCUUAGAUGUUUACUGCCAUGCAGUUAUGUGUUUGUAAUUUCAAUAAUCUUACUACAUAUCAAAAGGAAUAACCUCAUGAUAUUACCCAGAGUGUUACAAUAAAUGUUUGCCGCCAUUCGAAUUUGAAAUCUGAGAGAUUCAGUUCUGUUUUUGUACUUUCUUUUUGAUAAUAAAAGUUCUGCCCUUUA